AUGGGCAAAUCGGGAUCGACACAGAAGGCGGUAGAGAAUAGGCGUGAGGCAGACCUGGAGUCGGGGCAGAUGUCGUCGGAUGAGGGCACUACCUUGCAUCCCUCCGAGUCUGGCAGUGGCCACAAGAGGGGAAAGAUUGACGACAAGGGUAGAGAAAUCAUCGAUUGGGACGGACCCGACGACCCCGACAACCCCUUCAACUUUUCAAUAUCUUACAAGUGGCUCCUGACAAUAACGACAUGCUUCAUUUCUAUCCUUACUGGUCUGCCUGCUGGAGCUUACGGUGCCGGAAAUGAGUACAUGGAGGAGGCAUAUGGCAUCGACCAGACCAACUUCCCUUGGCUGCAAUGGGCCACCUGUAGCUGGAACAUCGGUGCCGCCACCUUCCCUCUCUUGUUUGUCCCGUUGACCGAGAAGAGUGGACGUAUGCCUGGAUACUUUAUCUCCUAUAUUGUCUUCCUCAUCUUCCUUAUCCCCUCCGGAGUCGGAACCAACUUUGCCACCAUGAUCGUCACUCGAUUCUUUGGCGGCGGAGCCAGUUCGGUCUCUAUCAACAUUGUCGGUGGUACCAUUGCCGAUAUCUGGAAGGGUCCCAAGGAACGAAGUAUCCCCAUGAGUAUCUUCGGUAUGACAAGUGUCGUCGGUAUCGCUCUAGGUCCAUUCAUCGGUGGCGCUAUCCAGACCAAUCACAGUACUCUCAACUGGCACUGGAUCUACUGGAUGCAGCUCAUCUUUGACGGUGCUCUUCUCCCCGUCUUCUGGUUCAUCCUUCGCGAAACCCGAGGCGAUGUCAUCCUCGCCAAACGAGCCGCCAAGAUUCGUAAAGAAACUGGCCGAGAAGUCUACGCCAAGUCUGAGCUCAAGCGCAAGCCCCUCUUAGAGGAACUCAAGAUCUCUUUUGAGAGACCUACCAAGAUGCUGGUGACCGAGUUUGUGGUUGCCGCUUUCACUCUUUGGGUGUCCUUUGCUUGGGGUCUUUUGUUCUUGUUCCAGAACAGUAUCACCCAGACUUUCCAGACCAACUACGGAUUCAACACUUUCCAAACCAGUCUCAUCCAACUCGCCCUCUCCGUCGGCGCUGUCGUCGGUACCAUCAUCAACCCCUUCCAAGACCGGAUGUACCUCGGCUCUGCCGCUCGUAACAAGGAGACCAAGGAAAAGCCCAUCCCUGAGGCUCGACUCUACUUUUCCAUGCCUGGAAGUCUCCUGUUUACCGGCGCCUUGUUCUGGUAUGGAUGGACGAGUUACCCGAGUAUACACUGGAUCGUGCCGACGCUUGCUAUCGGUUUCAUUGGUUUGGGUAUCUACAGUAUCUAUAUGGGUACUGUGACAUAUUUGACUGAUGCCUACGAAAAGUAUGCCAGUUCUGCUUUGUCAGCCGCUUCUCUCGGCAGAAAUGCGUUCGGAGCCUUCUUGCCCCUCGCCAGUCAAGCCCUCUUCACCAACCUCGGUUUCCACUGGGCCGGAAGUCUUCUCGGGUUCCUCGCGCUCGCUCUGUCUGGUGUCCCCUUCCUUCUCUUCUACAAAGGCGAGUACCUCCGCCACCACUCGCCCUUCAUCAAGGACGCCAUGUUUGACAGUCCCGAGCAAGAAGAAGAGGAGAAGCACCCUGCAGAUAUUGCCAACAUCCAAACCGUUGAAGGCGCAAACCGAUACACUGCUCCGGCUUCAUGA